UAAUUCAUGGAAGCCAUAUGCAAAAAUUAAAUGUCAAACGUCAAUCAAUUAUAACAGCAACUAUUUGCAUCGUUAUCGCUAAAACAAAUGCUCUAAAUAAACACAUUUAUAUCGUAAUUAGUAAAUGGUACGCAGUCCGCGAAUUUAGCCAAUAAAACAAGUGAUCCGUUCGCGUUUAAAAUUUCAUCUAGUCAACAUGGGGAUGUCGCGCUGCUAUUCACUUAUGAAAUGUUUGCUGAUACUGUUUAACAUCGUAUUCCUGGUGAUAGGCCUAGCAGCCUGCGGGUUGAGCGUCUGGGCUCUAUGGGAGGGCGGGGCCUCCGCCAGCGUCGGCGGGACCGGCGCCGGGGACGCUGCCGCGGCACGAGCUGGGCUCUGCGCUGUAGCGACUUGGGGCGGAGUACUUGCGUUGGGCGCUAUUGCUGCGUUAUGGGGAGCGGCGCGCGACGCUCCAUCGCUAUUGGCUGCUGCUUUUGCGCUUUUAGCGCUGUGUGGUGUGGCGGAGGCAGCAGCAGCUUGCUGGGGCGCGGCACACUUACCGCAGCUCCGGCGGGCGUUAUCACAGCGCUUACACUACGCGGUCCGUAACGAGUACGGCCACGGCGCCGCCACGCAGCUCCUCGACACCAUUCAGGCCGAGCUUAAAUGUUGCGGCGCGGAAGGCGCUCGCGACUGGCAGAGCUCAGUGUGGUCCCGCGCCGAGGCCGGAGCCUCCGACGCGGCCCCUCCACAGCCCGAUGAUGUAGCUUUAGACCUGUCUGUGACUGCCCCUAACUCUUACUACUAUGUGCCGCCUUCAUGUUGCUUGUCAACCGAGGAGGGCGGCGACUCGGCUAUGUGCGCGGAGGCGCGGCGCGUGCCGGCGGCGUCGGGCGGCGCGGCGGGGCUGCACCAGGCGGCCUGCGCGCCUAAAGUCAUACACGCUUUAGAGUCGGGCGCGCGGCUGCCGCUCGCAACAGGCGCGGCGCUGCUGGCGCUGCACGCGCUGGCGCUGCUGCUGGCGCUCGCGCUGUGUCUGCGCGCGCGCCCCGCGCCGCGCUACAAGGCCUAGGCCACCCACUUACAGAGCUGCUGUCAGUCGAAGGAGUAACAACUAAGCUGAUACCAGGGAUAUUUUGAACCUUGUCGCGAUAGCAAUAAGAUUAUUACUUGCGUGCGGCGUCCUGCUACAAGGCCUAGGGUCACUACACCUACGAUUACAGCUAAAGGUAAACUGAGUCAGGGCACUUUGAACCUUGCUGCGAUAACAAUACGAUGAAAUUUCAACUUGCAUAUGAAUUGUCAUUACGAGCAUGAACUUUUAAGUUAAAUCGUGUUCAGGCGAGAAAUUUAAACCUUUAAUUUAUCAUCUUUAUCUGCCGUCUGCUUCCUUUGAAAGUAAAUAGCUGUAAAUUAGCUAACGUUAUAAAAAAAAUCUACCUGUAAAAUGAGAUGGCGAUUCCAUCGAUAUUCAAGGUCAUAUUUCGCGCCUGAAAAAAAAAUACUUAGAUGGGACAUCAAACUUGAUGUAAGGUCCUUGGUGACGGGGUUCAAAGUUGUCGAUUAUUCUAUUCAUUAGACUAUAUGAUAAAGUAAGUUGCGAUAUGACAGCAAAGUAAGAACGCCAAGCACGAAGAAUUUCGUACAUCGAACCACCUGUUGCUAUCUCUAUCGGACGCGCAUAAUUCUAUUGCUAUUCCGCCGAUGACGCCGGCGGUCAAUGCCACUUAGCGAGCGAGACAGCUUAGAAAUACCGGGUCAAUGUGAAAUUCUUCGUGAUUAGCGUCCAUACUUGAGUUGAAAUUUCGAGUCUGAGAGAAGAAAUGUAAUUGCGUCAACGAAACAACGGGAUUAACCUUUUAACCGCCGCAGUCUGAUAUAUACUCGUAAGACAAAACUUCGUAUAACUUUGUACCGGCGGUGAAACGAGCACGCUCGAUGAAGAAUUCUGAGUGGUUAAAAGGUUAAAUAUUCUACCCGUAAAAGCAAUAAUAGACUCGACUAUGACAUGUUAAUAAAUUUGACGACGAAUUACGAUAAUUAUUGAUUAAUUUCUACUUUUAAUAAUAUACAUAUCUGUCAUAUUUUAUACAACUGCAAAAAUACUCGUUUCGUAACUUUUAAUGUAUCAUUACUUGCGAACUAUUGGUGUCAUCGACGAUGACGCGCAGAUUUAACAAAUAUAACCUUUGAUUACAUGACAAUACGAGUUAAGGCACGCGUCUUCGUGAAUGACACGAUCUAUAUGUUUAUAUAAUAGUUACUUCAAAACCGCCUGUAUUCAAUGGAGGCUAGCAAUCUCAUAUAUUUUAGACAACCCAUGACAGUUUAGUUAGGUAACCCAUGACACUGUUUAUUAUUGUUUAUAUAGGUGUAAAAAAAAAGGAGGGAACCGUUUAAGGCCAUAUUUGGGAAAACGUAGAAGAAAUAUUAUUUUGACGCAAUUUUUUUUUUCUAUACGGCAGGUCGUUCAAGCCAACUCUCCAUCAAAGAUAAUUUGAAAUAGAGGUGUAUUGUCAAAGUAAACUUUGUAGCGACGUUAAUGUACUCUCAUCUCUCGACACGUUAUAUAAAACUUUUAGAACGCCAUUUGACUUUGAUCCUUAUUUUUUCACUGAUAUGUGUUCAAUUUGUUACAUAUCAAAAAGUGGCGUCAUCUUACCGGGCACUACCUAAACGUUAUGGCGCAAUCGCUAGAAACGAUGCUGCUAUACCUUUGGCCUUUGAUCUAUUAGAUGGCGCCACUCUUUGAUAUUUAACAAAUUGAACACAUAUCAGUGAAAGAAUAAGGAUCAAAGUCAAAUGAAGUUCUAAAAGUUUUAAUUAUGUUUCGAAUGAUGGCAGUAAAUUUACGUCGCUACA